CCGUCGAACGUCAUUUCCGCGCGAUGGAUGCUGUACUUCCUGUGUUGUGGGACUCGAGCAGAAGCGAAAGAAGUGUGUGUUGAAGCACAAUGUUCAGACAUGAAGGCGCUUCGCUGCUUCUGCGUCUGUUCUCUGCUUCUGCUGGAGGUGUCCUCGGGACUGGGAGAUCUUCGGCGUCCUGAGAACGUCCGUGUGGACUCACUCAACACCCGUUAUGUUCUGCGCUGGGACUGGCCUCACGAGACCGCCGCCAACCAGAGCGUCAGCUUCACUGCGCAGUAUCUAUCGGAGUUUCGGAUGCGGAAGGCCAGUAGUGAGAAGUACUGGAAGUCGGAGUGUGAAAAUGUUUUGGAGCUUCGCUGUGACUUCACUGGAGCUGAGCUGCAUUAUAACGGCUUGUAUCUGUUGCGUGUGCGGGCAAACACAUCACAACAGUCCUCUGACUGGGUCUGGAUCAGAUUCUGUCCAGAUAAACAAGCUGCUUUAGGUCCUCCCUCCAAUGUAAAGCUAAACUCUAUUGAAGGAGAUCUGGAGAUCAUCAUCACUGAUCCUCUGAGCAGCACUAACCAGUCCAUGAAAACUUUCCUGGACAGGCUGAGCUACCUCGUCCAGUACUGGAGGCGCUCUGAAGAGCCUCAGAAGGCUAAAGAUCUGGAGACAAAGAACAAUCUGGUGAUGCUGACUGACCUGCACAGACAGACGUUGUACUGUGUGAGAGUUCAGAGCCGUGAUGACUUCUAUAACAAGAGCAGCAUCUUCAGCGACACACACUGCAUACGCACUGAAGGUCAGUUGCCAUACUGGCAGAUAUUUCUGUACUUCCUGAUCUCUCUUCUGCUGUGCUUCCUGCUGGUGCUGCUGCUAUUCUUCUGCUUUUACAAGAUGUUUACGGUCUUCAAGAGUACCUUUCGCCCAGCCAUUCAACUCCCAGAUCACAUUCAGGAGCUGUGGUUAAGUGACUCCGAGAAGCCGCAGCUGCUGGCUCCUGAGUCUCCAGAGUCUGUGUGUGAGCCGCUGGUCGUGGUCAGUGCUGAUCUGGACGCUGUGGCGGUGGAUGAACACUUGAACGCUGAGGAACAGGACUCCAGCACACACAGCCGACACGGCAGCGGAGACUCGGGCGUUUACUCCACAGAGGAGGACUCCUGUCACAGAUCCACACACACAGACCUACAGACGAGCAGCAGAAAGCACAGAGAAGAGAUGCAUGAUGGGAACCGGCUGGAGAUCUGCGCUUGAAACGCUCCACAGACGUUGCAGCUUUGACUUUCUCUCUUCCUACAUCUGUCUGCUUAUUGUACACGUGGAGAGGUUUAUGACAUUUGACUCAUAUUUCUCAUAUCUGUAUGUUGCCGUGCAGAUCUCUUAUGAUUCUUAUAGAAUCCUAAUUCAUUUCUGUCACUAGAUGACUUUUUGUUAGCUUCAACAAUAGCAGCAUUUAUUGAUUGUUUCAUCAUUCUUCAUCUCUCAGUAUCUUAUUGAAAACAUCACAUUUUAAUAAUCCAGUGCUUGCUUGCUUGUAAUGAAAAGACGGAUGUCUUUAUGGUAUUUUUUGUCAACUCAGUUAUGGAUAAAUUGGGCAAUGUGCAGAAAUAACAAUAAAUCAUAAAGAAAUAAAAACA